CAGAAGUGCAGAGGGUGCGGUGUGUGAUGUGGGCGGAGCCAGACGUGGGCGGAGCCAGAUGUGGGCGUGACACAUUCUCCAACAAGAACGAACCAAGGUGUGUGAGCACUGUUUCAGACCCGCCGCUGCCCGAGUCAGACACACACCUGGGAUCCGGACAGCUGUUCCAAGCAACACAAUGAGUGAAUCAGCAGAGGCUCUGUCCGCCAACCUGACGAGCCGGAGAAAUGUCACCAUCGAGAUCACCAACCUCACCAACAACUACUGCCUCCUGGACCCCAAGGUUUACCUGGAGAGCGGCUGCACCCACAGCCCGCCCCAGCCCACGGUGCGUCCACUGAAAACCGAGGUGUGCAACUUCACCAAGACCAGCGCCAAAGCCUGCGGUGCAGUGGGCGUCCUGACCUACGACCUGUUCGAGAGGAAGAGCAACGCCGCCAAAGAGACAGUCGCGAUAAUGUUCUCCGUGCCCUACGACUUCAGCAUGUACAAGAACUGGAUGGCAGCGGGGAUCUUCAGCCUGGGCAAGGAGUGCAACGAGGCCCUGUACAAAGAGAUGUAUUACAACAAAGAGCAGAAGGGCUUCGUGCGGCAGGAGGCCAACGGCGGGGGGAUGACGUACGAGGGCGCCAGCCUGGACGUCAAGUUGACAAUGUCCCCGAUGGGCAGGGCCAUAAUGAAGGUGGAGUUGUGGGACAAGGUCUUCUCACCCGGGAUGCACCAAAGUUACUAAUCUGGUGAUUCAGUUUUUUCACACCCGUAGUGUAGUGUUGGGAAUGUUUAACCCUUUGUACAUCUGUACCUGUACUGUACAUGUACUGUACCAUCUGUUCAUGCAAUAAAUCCACAGCGAGGCUGAUGUGACAUGA